AUGUCGACCUAUUCAUUUUCAAAUGAUCCCUUUGCGGAUCCCACCAUCGCCGCCGCCACCAAUCAAAACAACAUCUCCAAUGGUGCCGGACUCGGAGGCGGCGGCCUCGAGGACUACAACCCCUUUGCCAAUCAGGCGACGCGCAAUAUUGACCCCUUCUCUCCGGUGACCAACACCGCUCCGGGACCGAUGGAGUCGCCGGCGGCCGCCGUGCUCAGCCCUUCCAACACCUUCGCCGCCGCCGCCGCCACCACCACCAGAUCGAACUUGAAUGAUCUCCCGCCGCCGCCGUCGUACAGUUCCGCCACCACCACCACUGCAAACACCCUGACCGCCGAGCAGCUUCGCCAGCGCCAGGAAGAGCUGGACCGUCGGGCGGCGGAGCUGGCCGCUCGCGAGGCGGAGCUGCAGCGCGCCCAACGGGCCACCGCCCCUCGGGAGAACAACUUUCCGCCGCUGCCCAGCUUCUUCCCCUGCACGCCCUGCUUCUACCAGGACAUCAACGUCGAGAUUGAGAUUGACUUUCAGGGCAUCGUCCGCCAGGUCUUCCAGCUGUGGCUCUUUUACGUGGGCACCCUGCUCGUCAACUUCAUCGCCUGUCUGGUGUCGCUGGCGGAGGGCGUCGACAACGGCAUCGGCAUGGUCUUCUUCGCCAUCAUCACCAUCGUCAUCUUCACGCCGCUCUCCUUUCUCUUCUGGUUCCGACCGCUGUACAAGGCUUUCAGAGACGACAGCUCCUUCAACUUUAUGGUCUUUUUCUUCGUCUUCUUCUGUCAAUUGAUGCUGUCUAUUUUCUGGGCUCUUGGCGUCCCUGGCACCGGGGCGGUUGGCCUCUUCACCGCCAUCGGCUCGCUGACCAACUCGAACGUGGGCGUCUUCUACCGGCUGAUCUGCUUCGCCACGGCGGCAGUGCUCAUCGCCUACUGCCUCGCCUCGCUCUACAUUCUCCUCAAGGUGCGCUCCAUCUACUCCAACUCGAGCGCCAGCUUCGAGAAGGCGCAGGCGGAGUUCACCACCAAGGUCCUCUCCAAUGACGGCGUCCGGCAGAUGGCCAGCUCGGCGGCGCAGACGGCUGCCCGCCAGGCGAUGAACCAGGCCUUCACGCAGCAGCCGCAGGGAGGCAAUGCCGCCGGUGGAGGGGGCGGUAAUCCAAACGCCGGCACCGGAUUCAG